AUGGGCUCCAUCAGUGCAGCAAAUGCUGAAUUUUGUUUCGAUGUAUUCAAUGAGCUGAAAGUCCAGCACACAAAUGAGAACAUCUUGUAUUCCCCCCUGAGCAUCAUUGCAGCCUUGGCCAUGGUCUAUAUGGGAGCAAGAGGCAACACUGAGUAUCAGAUGGAGAAAGCUCUUCACUUUGACAGCAUUGCAGGACUUGGAGGAAGCAGCCAGACAAAGUGUGGCAAAUCUGUGAACAUGCACAUAUUGUUUAAAGAACUCCUCUCUGAUAUCACCACAUCAAAAGCCAAUUAUUCACUCCGCAUUGCCAAUAGACUCUAUGCCGAAAAGUCACGUCCUGUCCUACCGACUUACCUGAAAUGUGUGAAGAAACUGUACAGAGCAGGUCUGGAAACAGUGAACUUCAAAACAGCAUCAGACCAAGCCAGACAGCUCAUUAACUCCUGGGUGGAAAAGCAGACAGAAGGACAGAUCAAAGAUCUGCUUGUACCGAGCUCUGUCGAUCUUGAUACAACGCUGGUCCUUGUUAAUGCCGUUUACUUCAAAGGGAUGUGGAAGACAGCAUUUAAUGCAGAAGAUACUCGAGAAAUGCCCUUCAGUGUAACAAAGCAAGAAAGCAAACCUGUGCAAAUGAUGUGUCUGAACAAUACCUUUAAUGUGGCCACGCUGCCUGCAGAGAAAAUGAAGAUCCUGGAGCUCCCUUACGCCAGCGGAGAGCUGAGCAUGUUGGUGCUGUUGCCUGAUGAGGUUUCUGGCCUGGAGCGGAUUGAGAAGACAAUUAGCUUUGAAAAACUCACAGAAUGGACCAAUCCCAAUAUGAUGGAGAAGAGGAGAAUGAAAGUGUACCUGCCCCGUAUGAAGAUUGAGGAAAAAUAUAACCUCACAUCUGUCUUAAUGGCUUUGGGAAUGACUGACCUGUUCAGCCGUUCAGCCAAUCUGACUGGCAUUUCUUCAGCAGAGAGCUUGAAAAUAUCCCAGGCUGUGCAUGGGGCCUUCAUGGAACUCAGUGAAGAGGGCACUGAGAUGGCAGGCUCCACAGGGGUGAUAGAACACAUCAAGCAUUUCUCUGAAUUAGAAGAGCUUAGGGCUGACCACCCAUUCCUCUUCUUGAUCAAACACAACCCAACCAACACCAUUGUCUACUUUGGCAGAUACUGGUCCCCUUAAGAGAGAAAGAGCUAGCAAUAAUACACGCCUUCCCCUCUGAAACAAAAUUCCUUUACCAUAGUGUUAUAGCAUAAUCUUAUCUCUUCCAUAGAAAAGACAUACCCACAGGAGAGGAGACAGCACCAAGAACACUUACUCCUUCCCUUCUUGUACUGGUUUCAGAAUGGUUUGAUAUGAGAAAAGACUGAGCCAACAAGAUGCUGAGAAUGAAGAUAUCUAUCAGCCAUGAAGGUGAUGAGUGAUUUUCACCCAAGGAAUAAAUAGUAGGAAUGACCUUAAGUCCUUGAGAGCCCAUUACAUAGAAAGCAACGAUCCUUCCUUAUUCCAUUCCCUGGUAAUAUACUGCUGACAAACCCAUGUUACCAUUCUUGAAACACGGGCUUUGAGAUCUCCAGUCUAGAGGGGAUGUUUGUGGAAGAGUUUCUGGUGUGUAGGUUAUUGAUUCGUGAUGAUAUCGAUUUUAUUUUUUUUAUUGGGUAACUGCACAAUGGUAUACAUGUUCACUAUCACUGGAGUUGUCCUAUCACCAUAAAUUCCUCACCUAAUUCUGAAUUUCUUGUAGAGGUUCUUCAAAGUACUGAAGAGUCUGCCAUCCACUUUAGGGAAGGGAAAUUGAUCUAGUUUUGCAUAGGUACAGUUAUGCCUUUUCUCAGAGUGGAGAUUCAAAGCCUGAACCCAGGAGAUCCAGACAGUUCUUAUGAUCCAGAACUCAGUGAGAUCCACUGGGCAAAAGAACUGUCUAAAUUUUUGUUUAAAUCUUUGGAAGACACUUCAAAUUUGAGGACAUUCUGAUACACCUUUUUGGUGAAAAAUUCUGAAAAUGUUGGAAAAUACUUCUUCUAAGAAAUAAAUUAGAAUCCUAAUUUUUUCUGUCUUCUCUUCCUAUGUAUAGAUUGUCAAAUGCAAAUAUGGAUCCACUGGCUCAAUAUUAUAUUCUGUUUCCAUUCUAAUCACCCAUUACUGAUUUAGAUGCAUACAAUUGAUUUUGUUUUGGUUAACACAAUAAAGGAAAACCACAAACGCUUUUCAUGUGAAUUAUAUUAGCUUUCUGAACCACACUCUGAAAAAUAUCCUUAUGUUUUAACAACUGUGAGUAAAAUGUGAUUUAGCACAAAAAUGUAUUCUUAGAAUGAAUAAAGCAUGCAGAUAUGAAGUUUUUCAGGCAUUUAUGACAUUUUUAGGAGUAUCUGUUUUCAAGAACUUCACCAAAGACCUACAACCAGCUUGAUUCUUCUCUGUAUUCAGAUGACAAGUAUCACAAUAGAAUACAAGGUUAUUCCCAUGCAUUUUUCUGUGUCGUUCCAACAGGUAUUAAAGAUGACCUGGCCAUUUUUCUGGUAAAUUUUUCAAGGAACAACUAUUCUAACACUUUUACCCUUUUAUAAAGAAUCACAGAUUCAUAGGGGCUGGAAGAGGCCUCAGGGGACCAUUUAGUCCA